AUGAGAACAGUUCUGUUGUUGACGAUUUGUUAUCUCGUUUCACCAUGUGUGCAUAAAAAUGAGAAAUACAAGGAUGGCGAUACAUGGGUGGUGCGGUCGACAUUUGUAAUGAAAUGCCGGAUAAGACCAGAUGGAUCGUGGAAUACAAUAAUAAUUGGAUGCAGGACAGCAAGAGGAGUUGUCGUGAAGCCUGGAGAGGUCAUAUCGGAAGGAGAUACUACAUACGAAUGCAGGGCAUUGAGAGAUGGAAAAGUGGAGAUCAAAAAGACCUAUCAGAAAUCAAGGAGGCAAGAAAGCUGCGAAGGACAUGAUAUAGGAGAAGAAUGGGUUUCGCAACGAAAUUUCCGCAAGACAUGCACUGAAAAAGGAGCACGUAUAAUUGCAUGUGUAACUGAUGCUGGCAUUGAUAUUCCGCUCAACGAGCAUUUGGUUCUAUCAGGCAUUGAGUACACUUGCACGCGCUUUCCUAAUGGCACAGUGACGAUCAAUCGAGAAGGCUUACCUACUCCAACCAACUUCAAGAGCGAUCUAAAACCAGUCGAGGUGUUUGGACCUAUGUGGAAAAACUUCGGUCCCAUUGGAAGUCUGCUGCCAGCAGAGACAGAAGGUGAUCGCAGGCCGACAAUAAAUGUUCACGCCGCACUCUUGACGGAACGUUUGGUCAAAAGAGAUUCACCGAAAACAUGCGCCAGCAACGGUCAAAUCCACCAGCUUGGGGAAACUUGGAUCUCUGAAAAUCGUUUCACAAAGAAGUGUAUGAAUGACGGUUCUGUCAUCAUUCUGAAUUGCUUGAUCGACGACAAAACAAAAAUCGACGUGAACACGGAGGUGAAACUCGGUCAAAACGUUUACAAAUGCUUCCGGGAGCAAGAAAUCGUGCGCUUCAGAAUUGAGCCACAGUGA